UUCUCACAUAAGGAACUUUAAUUUCCCGAACAUGUCAACAGGUGAAGAUGCUCCAGUUACAGUAGCUGCACAAGGAGGAGAUAAAUACAGGUCCUUCCUGAACGAUGAAGGUGGAGAGAAAAUUCAAUGGAGACAUGGCGGCCCUCCUACUUAUGAUAGCGUAAAUCAGCUCUUUGAAGAAGGCCGAACUAAGGAGUGGCCGAAAGGUUCCUUGGAAGAAACAGUGCAAAAUGCUAUCAAGUCAUGGGAGAUGGAGCUCUCACACAAGACUCGCUUAAAAGAUUUCAAAACCAUUAAUCCUGAGAAGUUUAAGCUCGUUGUUAAUGGAAGAGAAGGAUUAUCUGCAGAAGAGACACUAAAAGUUGGAAGCUACAACGCUUUGUUGAAGAAUUCAUUGCCAGAGGAGUUCAAAUACUACAAGGCAGAAGAAGAGAGCUUUGAAUCAUCUCAUGAAGUAUUUCGAUCGGCUUUACCUCGAGGGUUUGCAUGGGAAAUUCUAAGUGUUUAUUCUCGGCCUCCUGUGAUUGCUUUCAAGUUCAGGCAUUGGGGUUUCUUUGAAGGACCUUUCAGAGGACAUGCUCCCACUGGAGAAAAGGUUGAAUUUAUUGGGUUGGGAACUAUUAAGGUUGAUGAAUCACUAAGGGUAGAGGAUGUUGAAAUCUACUAUGACCCAGCAGAGUUAUUUGGAGGAUUAUUAAAAGGGUCACCAAUCUCUGAAACUGUGUCGAAGAAAGAAGAUAAGAGUGCUGAAAGGUCAACACCGAUCCAAGGCUGUCCUUUCUCCCACAAAGUAUAA